AUAAAUUUUCUCUACUUGUCAUUUAAAAAUUUUUUUCACUUCAAAUAAUUCCAGUGUUUUUUUUUUUACAAAAAAAUACAAAAUAUUUAUCAAAAUUUAAAAAAAAAAUGGAAACAAAUCAAUCAAACAAUCUAUUACAAAAUGAUCUCAUUCAUCCACCUCACAUAAAAAUCGAACAAACCUAUGAUGAAUAUUCACAACAAUAUGAAAAUGUCUAUCAAGUUGGUGAUUUUAUUAUAAAAAAUGAAAUUAAUUCACAAGAACAUGUUAAUAAUUAUUAUCAACAUGAAAAUAAUUACGAUCCAUUAUCUACAACAUGUCAAGAUACAAAUUACACAGAUAACAAUUUAAUAUUAAAUAAUUUAAGUUUGCUAUAUCAAAUUCUAUUUGAUGGAACAUAUUUUACAUUUAAAAGUCGAAAUGAUAAAACUGUUGUUGCUAGUUGUAUGGUUUGUGAACCACCAAAAGAUGUCAAAGGAACCAUUGAUUCCACAUGGAACUUUCGAAUGCAUUUAAAAAGAUAUCAUGGCGAUGCAAUUAUAGAAGAUUUAAAUUCCCAUCUUCGAUGGAAGAAAUCUCUAUUGACUGCUGAUAAAAGUCAAGAAAUUGAAAUAAUUUCUUUAUUGUCUCCAAUAAGAGAUGAUGACAAUGAUGAAACAAGUCAAAUUGUUGAGACUCCAUUGUCAUCAUCAUCACCCCAAGAAGACAUUGAGAUGACAGAAAUAAUAAAAAAUUCAACCAUAGACGAUUUAAGUUUAAGAAAAAUCCUUUUCGAUGGUAGAUUUUUUGAAUUAAAAAGUAAAACUGCUAAAACAAUGGUAGCAACUUGCAAAGUGUGCAAGCCACACACACUUGUACAAAGUUCGUCAAGUUUCAAUUUUCGAUCUCAUCUGAUUUUGAAACAUGACAAAUCGGUUAUGGAAGAAUUAGAUAGAUUAAUUUUGUUAGAAAAAUGGAGAAUAGAAAAAAACAGUCCCAAAGUGACCAAUGAACUGUUGGAAACUGCAAACAUUAGCCAAAUGUUGGAGACUUUAAACAUUAGCCAACGAAUACUUUUCGAUGGGCAUUAUUUUGAAUUAAAAUUCAAAGAUGACGAAUCGAAGAUUAUUGCUACUUGUAUGGUUUGUUAUCCCCACAAGGAUAUUAAAGGAACUUCAAGUUCUAAUUUCAAAUCGCACAUUAAAAGGAUUCAUGGGGAUCGGGUUUUUGAUGAAUUAAAUGAGUAUAUUUCGUUUAAUUCAAUGCAAUUGAAGAAACUCAAAGAUGACACUGAAGAACCAUCGACAUCAAAAAGAACCGAAUCGAUAAUCGAUGAAAGAAUGUCAUUUAGUAAAAAAAAGCACAAAAAAACGAUAAUCGAUGAAAUGUCAUUUAGUAAAGAAAUGCAAAAAGAGUCAGAUUAUGAUAAUGAAUUUCGAAUAAGUGAAGGCUUUAUAAAAACUGAAGUUGAAUUAGAAGAUGAAGUUGUUUCAUCACAUAACGGUUAUUAUGAUGAAUCAAUGGAUGAAGAAAUGGACAUAGAAAGUCCUAUAACCUCAAAUAGUAAUUUAACUGCCCAAGAUUUAUGUUUAGCCAAUCAAAAGCUUUUAAAUGGAAAAUAUUUCCAAAUAAAAAGCAGAAAUGGUAGAUUAUUGCGUGCAACAUGUAAAUUAUGCGAUCCACCAAAACACAUUAAAGGAGUUAUAGAUUCAAGUUCAAAUUUUGUAGAACAUUUGAAAAAGUUUCAUGGUAAAUCACCGUUAUCGAUGAGAAAAGAAAUUGAAAAGAAUAUUUCAUUAAAGACGAAAACUACUUUGGUAGAUGAAAGUAGAGAAAAUCAACAACGAAAUUCAUUACCAUUACCAUCAUCUUCGUCAUCAACAAAAAUGUUGAAUGAAACAAAAUCAACUUUACCAAAAUAUUCAUUAAGUAGAAAAGAUGAAGAAGAAAUUCAACAAAGAAAUUCAUUUUUAUCUUCGUCAUCAACAAAAAUGUUGAAUGAAACAAAAAUGUCGAAUGAAACAAAAUCACCUUUACCAAAAUAUUCAUUAAGCAGAAAUGAUAAAGAAGAAAUUCAACAAAGAAAUUCAUUAUCAUCAUCUUCGUCUUCGACAAAAAUGUCGAAAGAAUUAAAAAUGUUGAAUGAAACAAAAAUGUCGAAUGAAACAAAAUCACCUUUACCAAAAUAUUCAUUAAGUAGAAAAGAUAAAGAAGAAAUUCAACAAAGAAAUUUACUACCAUCAUCUUCGCCAUCAACAAAAAUGUUGAAUGAAACAAAAAUGUCGAAAGAAUUAAAAAUGUUGAAUGACACAAAAAUGUUGAAUGAAACAAAAUCACCUUUACCAAAGUAUUCAAAUGAUCGAAUGAUGAAAUUUUUAAGUUUAGAUAAUCAAAUAUUAUUUGAUGGAAAAUAUUUUGAAUUGUUGAGUAAUCUACAUCAACACAAGAUUGUAAUAUGUCAAUUAUGUCAGCCAUGCAAGGAGUUAAGGGGUAAUUCAAGUACACAUUUUCGUAGGCAUGUUAAGAUGAGACAUGGAAAAGCUGCUUUAACAGAAUUAAAUGAAUAUAUUUUAUUGCAAAAAGGUAGACUUAGGAAAAAUAAACAUGAAAUUCAAAUGGAUUUAUUAUCAUCUACAACAAGUACUUCAUCAACAACAACAAGAAGAGAAUCUACGCCAACAAGGACUACAACAACAUCAUCAGAAUCAACGAUAUUACCAAAAAUACCAAAACUAGAUGAAGAAUCUGUAGAAGAUAAACAAACACAAUUUAAUACAAAUGUCCUGAAUUAUUUCCUUCGAACAUUAACACCAUUGAAUGAAGUGGAAUCGUCAGAAUUUUUGGCAUUAUUUGAUUGUUCUACAAAUGCAAGAAUAACUCGAAUUACUCAAGAAGAACUUAUUAAACAAAUUGAGAUGAAUUUUAAAACAUUUAGAAGUAAAAUUACUGCAAUUUUGGAAAAUGUUGAUUUUGUGUGUAUAACAAUUGAUUUAUGGUCGUCCAAGUUUAAUCAUUAUUUUACAAUAACUUGUCAUUGGUUGGAUGCAAUUAAUUUUAAACGGAAAUCAGUGGCAUUGGCUUGCAAACGUUUUGAUGAUUUUUCCAUUAAAAGCAGUGCAGACAUAAUCCUCAAAGAAACACUCAACAAUUACAAUUUACCUAUGGAUAAAAUCGUAUCGAGUAUAUCAAAUAAUUGCUACAAUUUUAGUCAAAUCUUCAAAGACUUAAAUAUAAACACAAAAGUCAAGGGUGAUACCAUCAAUGAGAAUCACACUGUGCCAUUUCAAGAAGAAAUCAAAGAGUUUUUACCACAUACUUGUAAUACCUCCACACUAAGUUCCAUAGUAACAAUUGAUAUACCAAAUGUAAUCAAUUCAGAUUCUUCAUUGAAAUCAAUUCAUGAAUUAACUCUGAAAAAAGUUUUCUCAUUUUUAUCACUUGCAUCUACCCAUGCCGAAGUCUCAACAAUCCUGGCGGACUUAAAAAACCCAGAUGUGUCAAAAUGGAGUUCUAUUUACGAUUCAAUAUCAAGUGUGUUGAAUCUAGAAGAAAAGUCAUCAUUUGUUGAACUUUUUGAAAUGGUCAAGUUGGAACCAUUUAGUGAUGAAGAAGUCAAAUAUCUGAGAGAAUAUGUCAAAUGUUUUAAACCCUUGGCAAUGGCAUUUAAACGAUUGGAAUGCGAACAAAGCACUUAUCAAGGUUUCAUUUUACCAGUUCUAUUGGAAAUGAGGAAAGAAUGUGAGAAAAUUCUUGAGAGUAAUGAGAUCUCUGUAUGCAGACCGAUUUUAGAAACAAUUGUUGGCAAAUCCGUGACAAGAUUUGAUAAAUACUUCAAACCAACUCCACAACUCGAACGUUUAACAAUUGCCAGUAUUUCGCAUCCAUAUUUCAAAGAAGAAUGGCUUUCGGCCAUCGAUCAGCUGGAAAAGAACGAAGGGCGAACGCUUUUUGUAAACGCUGUUAAAUUUGAAAACUCCAAAUCGAAUAAAAAGGAAGCAAAUGAAGUUAAUCAGGAAACAGAGAAAUGCAGAGAAGAAAUUGAUGAUUUUUAUUUUGGUGAUGAUGAUCCAAAACACAAUAAAUCACAGCUUUCAGUUGAAAUAGAAGCUUUAAGAUACCUUAGCGAUGAGCGAAAAGACUUAAAAAUGUUGGACGAUUAUCCUGCAGUUAAACAAGUAUUCCUAAAGUACAACACAGCCUUGUCAUCGUCAGAACCCUUUGAAAAACUUUUUCCAUAUGAAACUAGACAAUAUAUUGCGAGAUAUGAGAAUUUAGAGGAGGAGCUUUUUGAAGAGCGAGUAUUACUAAGUGUUAAUAAAGAUGAGUUAUUUUCAUAAUUACAAAAAAAUUUAUAUUAUUUGUUUUUUGUUUUAUUUUGUUUUUAUAUAUGUGGCAAAUACAUUAAAAUUAAAUUCAUAUUCAGAUA